ACUCUCGAUCCAGGCCACAGUGAAUGCCCGAGCGGAUGGUUGUGAUUCACGAGGCACAGGCCGCUGAUGUACUUCCAAGCUGACGUCAAAACAGCUCAAAAACCAAUGUAACUCACAAGUUGCUGGAGCCGUUGUUUUGGUGAAGAAUACAGACUUAUUUCUACAACAAUUUAUAAGCUGGCUACUCUCUCAGUCGUGUUACGCGCUUGAACAAAUGCUAUAAAUGCUGGUUAUUUCGUAUCAGAACAAAUGUCCUCAACUUGGGUCAUCAGAAACAAAACAGUCUUUUUCGCAGCCUCGACGGCGUACGGAACUGGAAAUGGAACCAAAGUCGGAAAGAGGAGAGGUUAAACCCAAAGUCUACAACUGCGAAGUAUGUAAGAAAUCAUUUCGUAACCCCGCGGAAUUGAUAGUUCACUUGCGAGUCCACACUGGGGAGAAGCCAUAUGGAUGUGAACUUUGUGCGAAAAGAUUCUCCCAGAAGUCGGGUGUGAAGAGUCACAUGGUCAGACACAAUGACGCCAGACCAUUCAAGUGUGAUGUAUGUGAUCAGGCGUAUAAACUAAAGAGCAACCUUCAGAAACACUCAAAGCGCCACACAGAUGGAAAGCCAUACCAGUGCCCUGUGUGCGAGAACAGAUUCGCAGUUUCCCGGAACCUGAAGGAACACAUGAAAAUGCACCCGGAACUGACGACCUACAAGUGUGAUAACUGUUCAAAGACUUUCGAAUCUAAAGCUGCAUGUGAUAAACAUAAAGCAUCACACCAUAAAGAGGUUUUGCCUGUGUGUGAGCUUUGCAACAAGAGUUUCGCUGAUGAAGAUGUUCUGGGCAAACACAAGUUGAUACACGAAAAGGAAUGUUUCAGAUGUGGGAUCUGUGAGGAGACGUUUAACAGCACAGGGGACCUGUACAAACACAUUCGUGCACAUAUAGGAUACAAGAAGGGAGAUUCUGUGUUUGGUUGUGGGUUAUGUGAGCGGACGUAUACUCAGUGUUCCCGCCUGACAGAACAUUUGGAGUCUCAUACCGGGAUACAUGCAUACGAAUGUCUCCAGUGUGACAAGACCUUCACCUCCGCCGCUCAGUUAAAUCGCCAUGUUUAUGUUCACGCUGACGACAAAGCUUUUGUAUGUGGAUACUGCUGCAAGUGUUUCUCAACAGCGGCCUACUUAAAAAUACACAUGGUCGUGCACAUUGACGUCGACAUGGUCAAGGCCUUAACUUGUCCCGUGUGUGACAAGAUAUUUCGUCUGAAACACACCUUCAACACACAUAUGAAGGUACACUCUGCCCCAGAAACCUUUCGAUUGUCAGGCGUGACAGAAGGCGUCUCCUGCGAAAGAAAAUCUGCAGACCCAUUUCAGGUGUCACACCGGAUCACAAUAUUUUCAGUGUGCUCGAAAAUUCAGUCACUCUGGAGCGCUGAAGAAACAUGAGACUCCAUGAAGUUGACACAGAAGAAACUCGACCUAGCGUCAGUUACACCAUCUCAUGGGAGGAAGUGGA